ACGCCCUUGACUGGCUGCGGCAGCUCAAGUGGGCUGGGUCUGUGGUGCUGGGGCUUUCCAUGUAUUUUUCAUUGACGAGAGAAUAUACUCAAACUCCAAGAUACUUUGCGUACGUUCAGGGCUGUUGGAACAUUAUAUUUAUUUUAAGUUAUUUAUUUUCAUUUGUGAUUUUAACAAUAAAAAAGGAUUAAAACGCCUCAAAAUAAUGGAGAUCGCAUUGCCAAAAACGUACCAGAGUCAACAGGACAUGGAUUUGAUCGACAUCCUGUGGAGGCAGGACAUAGAUCUUGGCGCAGGGCGUGAAGUUUUCGAUUACAGCCACAGACAGAAGGAGUACGAGCUUGAGAAGCAGAAGAAACUUGAGAAAGAGAAGCAGGAGCAGCUCCAGAAAGAGGAAGAAAAGGCCCUGCUUGCUCAGCUGCAGCUGGAUGAAGAGACAGGGGAGUUUGUUCCCCGGCUAGCACAACACAUUAAACCUGAAGCUUCUCCAGUGCCCAGAGAGCCCUCACAGCAUGUUGUUAUCUCAGAAGAAGACGGAGAGGCUCUGUCGUUUGAUGAAUGCAUGCAGCUCCUGGCAGAGUCGUUCCCGCUGGUAGAAGAUAUUGCGGUUUCCCCAGCUGCACUUGAGCCUUCAGUUCCAGACCCAACUGGAAGCAGCCCGGUCCUAAUGGCUCCCCAUCAGCCUCAGCAAGCUCAGGCUUCUCUCCUCACGUCUCCACUGCCGGAUCACAAAUCUGCACAGGACAUUGAGCAAGCCUGGCAGGAGCUGCUUUCCAUCCCUGAGCUGCAGCAAUGCCUAAACAUGCCAGAUUUGACAGAGUUGAGCAGCUAUACAAUCCCAAACAAGCCUCCAGAGAUUCAGAAUGUAAAUUACAACUUUUACAUGUCUAAUCCAGCAGAAGCCAUGGCAAACGCAUCCGAUCCAGGCUGCCCUGGAGGAUUUCUCAACUCAUUUGAAAGCACCUAUACUAAUGUGAUUCCACCUGAGAACUUAAAUCAGAUGACUAUAAACACCUCUGAUCUGAAUGCACCCUUCGGCUCCGGCAGCAUUUGUGAAAUGUUUUAUCCUGCCCUCAUAAACACAAACAUUAACAACAUUCCACCAACAAAUAAUGUGAACACACCGCUAGCUGACCUGCUGAGCGAGCCACCUCCAAAACCAAUGGAUAUCUCUGACUUUACAGUGACUGAAGGUUUCGAGAGUAACCCGCCUCCGAAUAUACCAGAAUUACCAGAUUCUGACUCAGGCCUGUCAAUGGAUGCAAGUCCUGUUGCAUCCUCACCAGAAAGCUCAAUGAAGUCUUCCAUUUAUGGAGAUGCAGCUUUUGGAAACAGUGACUCCGACAUGGAAGACAUGGACAGCAGUCCUGGAAGCGUCCAGCCUGAGUUUGCAGAGAUGUUUCCAUUGUCCUACCAUGGGGAUGGUUAUCGGGCAUCACCUUCUACUGCACAGUCAAACCAAACUUUCAGUCUGGAGCCAAAAACACCAAAGAAGGAACUGCCGACAAGCCCCGGCCACAUCAAACCGCCCUUCACCAAAGACAAGAGCAGAAGCCGCUUGGAGUCUCGUCUCUCGAGAGAUGAGCAGCGUGCGAAGGCGCUUCGGAUCCCUUUCCCCAUAGACAACAUUAUAAACCUUCCUGUGGAUGACUUCAAUGAAAUCAUGUCCAAGCACCAGCUCAAUGAAGCCCAGCUGGCUCUGAUUCGGGAUAUACGCAAACGAGGCAAAAACAAGAUUGCGGCUCAGAACUGUCGCAAGCGGAAAAUGGAGAACAUUGUGGGUUUGGAGUACGACCUCGACAGUUUGAAAGACGAGAAGGAGAAACAGUUGAAAGAGAAGGAGGAGAAUGACAGAAGCCUGCUUCAGCUAAAGCAGCAGCUCAACGACCUGUAUCUUGAAGUCUUCAGCAUGCUGCAUGAUGAGGACGGGAAGCCCUAUUCCCCCAGUGAAUAUUCACUUCAACAGACCUCUGACGGCAGCAUAUUUCUCAUUCCAAAGAGCAAAAAGACACAACUCAAGAAUAAACUGAAAUAAUAUUUUUUGCUUACAUGGACAUUUUUUGUACUGCAUUACUGUACUCUCUCUCUCCUCGUUUUGCUUAAAGUAAACAAAUCCUAUGCAAAUUAUCCUUUAGCCAUUGCACUUAUAAAAGAAAAGUAUGUCUCAGCUGCAUUAACAUAUAGUGUAUGCAUACUGUAUAUAACUAUGCUGAUUUUUCAUGUCUCUACGUUACUUAUUUUGUACUGCUAAAGCUAUCUUUUUUCAAAAGUAUUUUCCUUAUGGUUUGUAAAUAAUUUUUAUUCUCUCUUAUUUGCUAUUGAAAUUUCAUAGAUUUUUAAGUAUCACAUUUUAGUAUGCCAACGAUCCUGUGUUGCAAAUCAUUGUGUGAUUUUAAAAAUAUAUUUUAUAAAUGAUUUAAGUAUU